AUUAUUCUCGCUCACCUGUCACCCUAUCAACAUUCCAAACCUUAUAAUAAUAUUUUUCUUUUAUAAAUUAAUUACAUGUUUGAUUAGUUUAGCCUAUUUCGAUAAAUUAAAUAUCCUGUUUGUUAUUUUGUAUAAUGAUAAGUGGACCAAUGGACAAUACUUCGGCAUUAUAGUUUUUUAAAUAAAUAUGGCAAAGCCCCACUCAAAAUAUGAAAUAUGUGCCAUUAAAUAGUGGUUUAGGUCUAGAUCAAAAUCAAGAGUUAUGGAGUUAAAAGUCUGGGUGGAAGGCAUUCAGAGGAUUGUCUGUGGUGUUACUGAAAGCACUAGUUGCCAGGAUGUGGUGUUUGCAUUAGCUCAUGCAACAGGUAAAUCUGGCAGAUUCACCUUAAUUGAAAGAUGGCGAAAUAAUGAAAGACAACUUGCACCACAAGAAAAUCCCAUGAAGAUUUUACUUAAGUGGGGCGAAUAUUCCAAUGAUGUACAGUUUAUAUUCCAACGUUCUGAUAGUAACAAAAACAACCCUCCAAAUAAUCGCCCAAAACCCUUGAGUACUUUAAACCCAUUAUCACAGCAGCAAGCAUUAAAUGAACCACAGAAAGAUUUGCAGGAAAAAAGUUUUGAAACAAAUAAACAAACAAUAACUGGCAGUCCAGAAAAUGUUGGAGUUGUGAAAGGCAUUCAACAAGUAAAGGCAGUUCACCUGGAAGUCAGAGAGCCAUAUUCGAACCACUCUCCUCAUAGCUCUCCUAAAAAGAGUAGCUAUUGUGGUUCAGAUGUUUCAGAUCGAACUUUAGAAUCUCCUAGUCAUAGAGUCGCGCCUCCUUACAAGGACCCUCCAGCACCACCUCCAUAUCGAGAUCCUCCACCUCCUAGUUCAAAUGUAAAUAGUGACAGAUUUAAGAAAAAUAUAUUUCAGGAAGCUCAUAAAGCAGCAAAUAACUGGAGUGAUAAUAAAAUUCGGUUACCAGAAAAUGGGCUUUAUAAUGCCCAAUAUAGAGAGUUAAUUGCACUUAUCAACUAUCAGAGAGAAAAGUUAAAUAGCCAACAAGCUGAUAUUACUAAGUUUGAUGCUGAAAUUGUCUUUUGGGAAGGAAAAGAAAGAGAAAAACAGCUGCAGUUAGAUUUUAUUGCUCAAGAGAUAGUAAAAAUCAAUAAUCAAACUAAAACUAAUAAGGACCAGAUUCAGGCUUUGACAUAUAUUGAAGAAGAAAGUGAAAUAGUCAAGCAACAGGAGAAGACUUUAAAAUCAGAACUGACCCUACUAAGAUCAAAAUUAGCUAAUUGUGAAACUGAAUUGCUACAAUGCAAAAAUAAAAUGAGGUUAUUAAUGGACGAAUUACAAAUGGAACAACGAAUAUGUAGUAAAAAAUCGGAGUCGCGUAAACAAGUGGAAAGAGGCAUUUUAUUGGAACUCGAACGGAUCCAGAAGGAUAUCGAGUUGGCGAAACAGAGCUCCGAUCUCCAUCAUUUUACUGCAGAGAACCUUAAAAAAGAGGUGGCACAACUAGAGAUCUCAAUUAUAGAAAAGAAGAAACAAGUGGAGCAGCUGGUAAACGAAAUGAAAGAGGCAAACCUCCAAAGUCUUAGUAUAUCAGCACCGUCCGAGGAUUUAAGGCAGAUAGUUGAAGGACCUGCAAAAGGUACAACGAGAAAAAUGAUAGGAUCACCUAGGCAGCUUGAAAACGCUGUACCUACUAGUAAAAACCCUCACGGUGUAUGGGUAUAAACGUAGUUUAAAGUCAUUUUGUAGUUAGUAAAUUGAGUCUUAAUUCAGGUAGUGUACCAUGUCAACUGUCUUCAUGUAUGACAGCGUAGUAAAUACAAUAUUUAUAUCUCUUAUUGUGAUGCUCAGAGAAUCACCAUAAUAGAGUCUAGUGGUGUUAGUAUAGUAGUAAUAUAUUAUUCUGUAGCUCAAACAUUCAUAUAGAGUGUUCCUAUAUAUAUAUAUGUCACUAUUGAAUAAGGUCAUUUUUAGGCUUAUUUUAUGACUAAAAGUUCCUCGAAAGAUAUGCCCCAAAAUGCUUAUAGAGUUCGAACAAGAGAUUUUCUAUAUCAAAAGUAAAAAAUGGCAUGAUCUUAGGACUACUCUACAUAUAACCGCUUAUAUAUUGCAUUUCUAAAAUGCUGUCACCAAAUUAAAAGAAAGUAUAUUAAUGAAGAAAAAUAUUUUUGAAAAUCACACAUAAAUUCACUACCCAUUUUCAAGCUUACUUAAGUAGUUAAAAAUCACUUUAUCUUUAAAUAAAUCAAAACACCCACAUUUACCAGAUUUAAGCCAAAAGUAAACUUUGAAAGUUAGCUCAAUGUUUUUUUUAAUGGUUUUUGUACUAACUUUACUGAUCUCACACAAUCUCUUCCACCCGUUCUAGCAACUAAGCAGUCUUUAUUAUUGAUAACCAUUUGCAAAAAAUCAAUUGUCCAUGUGCAACACCUUAGGUUUGAUAAAUUAAUUUAAUUAUUAUCCAGGGUAUUGCAAAAGGUGCUGCCAAACUGACUGGUUAUAGCUGAUGUCAAUACAGUAUAACCUCGAUUAUCCGAAUCAUUAAUUGCAAGUGCCCGUUCGUAUAAGCAAAAUGUUCGGAUAAUUAAGUUUUACAUAAAAACAUGUUUUUGUUGCAAAUUUCUUUAUUAAAAUAUGUAUACAACCUUUAAGUAAAACGUUUCAUGUCAGUUAAAAUUUUUUUAUAUGUAAAAACCUUGACACAAAAAAAAAUCACUUAUUUAAAAAAAUCGUUAAUUUUUUUUUGCUUUAUAGCAUUCAUUGCCAUUUAUUUCUCAUUUUCUCCAAUAGAAGGAUAUGGUCUUGAGCUUCUCCAUUAUUAUUUGCCUACUCUAUACAUUUUUCAAAAGAGGAUACCGCUUCAUUAUGCAUUAUAGACUUGGUAGCUAUGAGCCCAUGUUCUUCUUCUGAAUCUUGAUCUUCCUCAUCCAAAUUUAUUAUAAUAUCUUCUUCGGUCAUUUUUUCGACGGUUUCUUCUUUUCCUACAGCCCACUGUUGUAUUUCCUCGUCAGCUAUGAUUUCACCCAGCUCUUGAUGAAAAAUACCUAUUUUUAAGCGAUUCGCUAAACUAGCAAGAGAUAUUAGAUCUUCUUCAUCCCACUCCUGCGCAAUCAAAUUUGGUGGUAAGAGCGAUUUCCAAGAUCUUCUUAACAGGCUUUGAUUGACAUUUUGCCAAGCUUCAGCCAGUUCGGUUACGGCAUCCUUUAAGGUAAUUUUUUUCAAUUCCGCCGAUAUAUCUCCUGGUGUUUCAACAAUUUUUUUUAAAAGCUUUUUCCGAUAGUACAGUUUGACUGCUUGAAUUACGUGUUCAUCCAUUCACAAAGGAGUGCAGUUAGGAGGUAAAAACAUUACACAAAUUUGUUUAUCCUCGCUGGAUAAAUUUUCUGGAUGUCCAGGUGCAUUAUCAAGGAGUAGCAGUGUUUUUUCAAGUAAACCCAAGUCAUGCAUUUUUUGACGUACGGCGGGGACAAAGCACGUGUGAAAAUUUCUCUUGUUACUCAUGCUUUUUUUGAUCCAUGUAAACUACAAGAAUGUAAUGGCUAUUAAAUGAACGUGGCCUCUUUGAUUUACUAAGAACCAGUAAUUUUAACUUGUGGCUACCUGAAGCAUUUGAACAAGGCAUAAAUGCUAUCCGUUUUUUAUUUUGUUUUCUGCAUGGAGCUGAAUUUUCCUGGUUAUAAACCAAUGUUUUUUGAGGCAACAUUUUCCAAAAUAGCCCACUUUUAUCAGCAUUAUAAAGUUGAUGGGCAUUUAAGCCUAACUCCUUAAUUUUAUCAUGAAGUUUUAGUUUGAAAGUAUCUACUGCAGAGAGGUCACUGGAAAGUUUUUCCCCGGAAAUAGAAAUAAUUUCUCCAGACACUGGUGUACCUGUAAUUUCAUUUUAAAAAAAAUCGUAAGUUUGAGAAACAUUUAUGCAUUGAUAUUUUACCUCUAGACCUCUCCUGCAAGAACCAGAUGUUAACCGCCUUCUCUACGUCAGGAUUAGCACUUAAGACUCUUUCGAUUUCCAGGGCCACUAUCCAAGCUAGCAAAGUAGGCCAAAAGUUUUGUGCGGUUCUUCUUUACAUCACAGAUCGUAGAUUUACCAACACCAUACUUAGUAGCUAAAUUUGACACAUUGUCACCAGCGUCAAUACUUUUUAAAAUUGUGACCUUAUCACUCAACUUUAAACAAAUGCGUUUUCUUUUUGACAUAUACCUAAUUGUGUUACCCUCAGGAACAUAGUCUUUUUAUUAAACACUGUAUGUACUAAAACCGUCUAGAACAUGUACGUAACACGCCGCUUAACGUGUCGCGUACCCAUCCGCUGAUCUAAUCCAACUAAUGAACAAAACGACCAAAGCAAACACCCGAGAAACUGACGAGUCGAGACCUGCAAAUUGACGCCACUGUUCGGUUAAUCAAGAGGGUUCGGAUAAUGACCAAAAAUUUGUUGGGUCGGCUAAUCGGAUAAACGCGUGUUCGGAUAGUCGAGGUUAUACUGUAUUACAAUUAAGCCGAAUUUGUCUCUCUAUAAAUUGGGUAAAAAUAAAUAUAUCAAAGUUUAAUUAAAAUUUUGUAUAAAAAAUGUUAUGGCUAUAACUUUUAUAGUUGAAUAAUAGAUAAAGUGUCAUGCUUUCUAUCAAUUAUAAACAAACAAAAGUCAAGUUUGGAUUUCUGGGAUAAAAUUCUUACUGUAUGUCAUUUCAAGGUUCUUAAGUAAGUAAUAAACUUGAUAAUAGCCCAUUUAUCUUCACUAAUGAUUAUAUUUGAAGCAUAAAUUUAGUAGUGGUUUUCCAAUAGAUUCUUUGAACUGCAUUACAAAUUAUUGUCUCAGUAUUCUCUUUCCGAUUUUUCUUGUUUAAAUCUAAAAAAUUAUAAAACGAGUACAUGAAAACGUUUAGAGCGUUUUAAUGUAAUUUUUUUAAAUAGAAAUCUUUAUAUCGCGCGGUGAAGCAUGCAUUUCCGGGUAAAAUGUAAAUCAUGCACAGUUUUAAUAAAAUCUCCACCCCUGUUUUCUGGGUAUUGUGCAAUUUACCGGGGCAACUCUAAGUUUAACCGUGAAUACUUUAACUGUCUUAAUUUCGUAAUAUAAAACUUAAUAUACAUGUUAAAUUAGAAUUAUUGACACAUUCUGAAGAGCGAAUUCUUGGUUAAAAAUAUGAUAACUCAUAUAAAUAUGGCUGUACAGCAGUUUUGUUGAUAAACUACAGGGUGUUGACCAAAGUUAUUUUGUGAUUUCCUAAAAUUGGAAAGCUACUAUGGAUAUUUAUUUGGUGCCGCUAAUAUCCUGGAAUCGUGUUAUUGUUUCAUAUUUACAUAAAAUUAAGAUAUUCUCCUUAAAAAUAAAU